AUGGCUCUGCUAGCUUCGGUGGCUCUCCUAGCCUCUACCGCCUUAUGUACUCUAACGCCCUUUCGAUCCGAUAAUCUUCAUGGAUUGACUGGGCAAUUACCAGUUGGCCCUCCCCAGCCGGUUCCUGAUUAUGCGAGGGACAACACAAACAACAAGUUCGGCGCUGCGCCGGACAAGGGCGUCCUGAAGGGACCUCUACUUGGCCCUCUUGAUUACUAUACCAUCCACAACCUCCACAAGAAUGUGCCCUGGCUUUCAAAGAUACCGGGAAAUGCCACCGGGAGCCAGGCCCCGGCGGAUAUUCCCAAGGAUGAGUUCUGGCUUGCAGACGUUGGGCACAACGGUCAAAUGCCUUUUGCUCCAUCUGGCUAUCAGUUCUUCCGAAACGUGCGGGACUUUGGCGCUGUCGGAGACGGUGUCACUGAUGACACCGCUGCCAUCAACCGAGCAGCUUCUGCUAUGAGCAAGGACAACCUUGGGGAAACUCGCUGUGACGCGGACUGUGGCUCGACAACGACGCUGGGGGCUCUUGUGUAUUUCCCUCCGGGUGUGUACCUCAUCUCCAGCCCAGUUAUUCAAUAUUACUACACCCAGUUUGUGGGAAACCCGACAAACCGGCCGGUAAUCAAGGGGGCCGCGAACUUCAGUGGCAUCGCGUUGAUCGACGGCAAUAAGUAUAUACCCAACGGCGGCGGCCGCCAGUGGUAUCUCAACCAGAGCAAUUUCUUGCGCCAGGUCCGGAACCUAUUCUUUGACUUAACCGAGAUGCCUAGUGAGAACUGGGAGGGCGACCAGAAAUAUGUGCCGACGGGAAUUCACUGGCAGGUCGGACAAGGAACUAGUAUUACCAACUGCUUCUUCGAUAUGCCUAUCGCAGACCAUCCCGGUGGUACUACAGCGAUCGGCAUCAUGAUGGAGAACGGCAGUGGUGGUGUAAUCAGUGGUGUGGAUUUCCGAGGUGGGAACGUCGGCUUCUUUGCUGGAAGCCAGCAAUUCACCGCAACCAAUUUGAGGUUCGUCUCGUGCCUCACUGCUAUCAAGCAUCCGUGGAACUGGGGCUUCCUGUGGAAGGGCAUUUCGAUUUCUUCCUGUAUAGUUGCGUUCGACUGCUCCAGCUACAGCGGUGGCAUAAACCAAAAUACUGGUUUAAUUACCGUUCUGGACUCGGAAUUCGAGAAUACACCCACGGGCAUUCUAGUGCCGGAGGAUGUUGACCAGCGGCCAAACAUAGUCCUGGACAACUUGCGAGUGGCCAAUUCCACGUCUGUGGUGCAAGUCCAGGAUGGUGAUGCUAUCCUACCCGGGUCGGUUGAUGAGCUUUACCUCGCAUCCUGGGCCACCGGAUAUCAAUUCACCCCUGGGGGUUCGGGAUCGAAGCGGACCGGCUUCGUCACCCCACCUACAAAUAAGCCCGAGAUACUCUUGGGCGACACGGGCGGCUUCUACUUGCGGGAGAGACCCGACUAUGAGAGGGAAAAUAUCGUAGUCGCUACGGACCACGGAGUUGCUAACGAUGCCACCGGCGACCAGACGGAUGCCAUAAACACGCUGCUCUCACAAAACAUAGGCUCGGUCAUCUACUUCCCGGCUGGCGUCUAUAUCGUGCUUCACACCGUAGAAAUCCCCGUCGGUUCUAGGAUCAUUGGGUCGGGCUGGAGUCAGAUCAUGGGCUCGGGCGAAUUUUUCUUAGAUGACCAUAGCCCACAGGUGAUGAUCCGAGUCGGCAAAGAGGGCGACUCGGGGGUCAUCGAGAUUUCCGACAUGAUGUUCACCGUCAAGGACGGGUCCGCCGGCUGUGUCCUCGUGGAGUGGAACGUGCACGAGUCGCAGCAGGGCUCGGCUGCCAUGUGGGAUAGUCACUUCCGCGUCGGCGGCGCCGCGGGAACCGGCUUACAGGCGGCGGACUGCCCGCCUUACGCGAGCGUGGCCGAACGCAAGUGCAUGGCGGCGGCUAUGCUGAUGCACAUCACCAGGCAGGCGUCCGGUUACUUUGAUAACCUGUGGCUCUGGGUAGCCGACCACGACCUAGACAACCUGGCUAACGCCGACUCGUACGAAAGCAACGAGGGCAUCCCGGUAAAUGCCAAUCAGACUCAGAUUUCCAUCUACGCCGGACGAGGGAUGCUGAUCGAGUCGCAAGGCCCUGUCUGGCUGUACGGAACGGCCAGCGAACACGCCCAGUUGUACCAGUUCUCGCUGAGCAAUGCUGCCAAUAUCUAUAUGGGUCACAUCCAGACCGAGACGCCGUAUUACCAACCAAACCCCCCUGCAGCGCAGCCGUACGUCUCCUUCGGCGACGGUUCGUUCCCCGGCGAUCCGCUGUUCAAUGACUGUAAGGACACCAUGUGCAAGACGGCUUGGGGGCUGCGCAUCAUUAACUCGACUGACAUCAUCGUGUACUCGGCCGGCUUCUACUCAUUCUUUAACAAUAACACGCUGGGGUGUUCGGACACGGAGUCCUGCCAGCUUGCGUUGAUCGAGACGAACUACUCCGAGCGGCUGUGGCUGUACAACAUUUUCACCAAGGGCAACGUCCAAAUAAUUACCCCAAGAGGCGAUGGAAUGAUGCCCCUGUUAUUUAACGAUACGACCAGACGUGGCUACACGAGCGAAACUGCCGCCUGGCUUGUCCUCUCAGUCAAUGGAGCUGAUAAAGGGGUCGACCCCACGGCAGAUGAGAUCUCGGGUGGUGUCCUCAUCGACCCAGGCAUAUGGAGACCGGGCGAAUCUGACGAAUCGGGCACGAUAAACUGUAGUCCUCCUUGCGUCUACGUCCUGCCACCCGUUACCCUGUCCUCGCUGACCACGAUUACCUUCCCUCCCUCUACAACUUCCCUGGAAGUUGGCUGGAUCACGCCCACGUUCUACACGGGCAACGACGACGAAACAACUAGCACGGAUGAGUACACUAGUAUAACUGUUACGACGGUCCUCUCGAUACCAGCCCUGACGACGUCUAUAAUUCCCCUGUCCAAUGUUCCCAUCCCGCCGGGUGUCGACUCGUCCAUUAUUCAACCGGUACCGAGCAUCGUUCCCCCCCCGUUCGUCAUCACCGACAAUCCGGACCCCGAGAGUGACGGCGCAUCGCACCCUCUCAACACGCGUACAAUCACGCCGACGGCUUGGCCCUGGAACACCGUCCAACCCGCACCAGCCUCCCAGAGCGAAUAUUCCUCUUCGACGCCCCCUUCUGGUGCGACGGGCCCUAGCUCAACGAUCCCACCUCCUACAAGCACAUCGGACGUGCCGAAUUCUUCCUCGACGAGCAGUAGCUUCAUCAUAAUCCCCCCGAUAGUGAUAACCCACACCUCCGGGGCGGCAGGGCCCCUCUGCACCGGAGGCUGCGGUAAGCCGGUUAAGCCGUGCGUGCCGUGGGAGAAUACUAAGGAAUGCGGCCCGAAGGAGUGCGGCGAAGAGUGUGUCUUAGACGGGGAGGACUGUAGCGGCGACCAUUGCGUCGAGGGCAACGACUGCGACGGGGGCGACUGCACGAAGGGCGGCGACUGCACCGGCCCGGGCUGCAAGCGCGGCGGCGAUUGCUGGGGCCCCAACUGCGAGAGCGGCGGCGGAUGCUCCGGCGCCAACUGCGACCACGCCGGCAGCUGCUGGGGCCCGAAAUGCCAUCAGGGCGGCGAGUGCGUCGGCCCGAGAUGCCGCCACGGCGGCGGGUGCGUUGGUAUCCUGUGCAACCACGGCGGGGGCUGCUUCGGCCCGCUGUGCACGACGGGUGGCGGGUGCGGCCCGCUCUUGUGCCCACCGGGAGAGUGCAAGGGGCUGCUGUGCGGGUCGGGGGGCGGCGGCGACUUUCAGGACUCGAACGACCCGAACGUGCCUCGGCCGGCGGACCCGGACGAGUGCACGACGCGGACGUACAGCUCGUGCCGGACCGCGUGCCUGGCAUCGGCGACCCAGCCAUGCACGUCGACCUGCCGAAACGUGGUCGGGUGCGACACGACGGGCACGAGCUACGCGUCGACGGUGACGCCGGCGCCGAUCGUCGACUUCGACGGGGGCGAGUCGUGGGACCAGCGCGGGAACGACAGGGACACGUUCAACUCGGCCCAGGCGGUCAUCAGAGACCUCGGCAGCAAGGGAGACUUCAAGGGCGACCUCGACGGGUCGGCGACGGCGACGAGGGCGCCGCCGGAAUCCGGCUGGCUGCAGGCGGAGUGGGUGCCGAACCCGACGCAGCAGGGGAAGUGCCAGUGGGUGUUCUUCAUGGUGGGCGAGGGAGAAUCGGUCGACGUCUGCAACGACAUACCCCUAAACUCGUUCUACGUGCCCUGCGACAAAGAAACCAAGCUUCCGUAUCUAAGCUUCACCCUCUACAACGCUUUCGGCGGCCAGACUUGCUACUACUCAAGCACCGGUGUUGACGCAGGAUUUGUGGGUUGUCCCGGCAACCUAAACCCGUCAAUGUGCCAGGAGGCGCCCAACAACACGGUGACUUGCAACCUGUGGUCGACCUUUAGAGAUAGUGUCAUUUGCAAGUACCCGUAACCGGGUGAGUUCAUGGGUGGUGGCCGGGCUCAUUGCUGGCGGGGCCAGGACAAACGGGUGCAAAAGGGAGAGGAGAUCGAGGAGGGCAUAAACACACAGUGUGGUGUUGGCAUGUGAUAUUUCCGAGUUUUGGACGCAGGUUCACGUGUAUUAGGAAGCAGGUAUGAGCAAGUGUAGGUGAAGAUAAUGGCCUGGUGUAAUAGUCCGCUGCGUUGACGGUCCCAGUGUAAGGGAGACGGGGGAAAGGAGGAGUUCUGAUGAGUGAUGUUUUUGACUAACUGCUUCGUCUGGUCUGGGUAGCCUUUGACUAGCCAACCUGAUUAUACCAC